GCGUAUUUCGGUAAGCUUCGUUCGACCUUGAAAAGCAAUAGAUAUUUGCGUCCGUUUGAUAUGUCUUUGGAAUUAAGUUUGUUGUCUUAUUCAUGUCUUUUUAAAACAUGACAUUUUAUCUUCACCUCACUCAUCUUUAUGUAUGGAUGACGUAUAUAUAUGAGAGAGGAUCAUGGAAUUCGUUCGGUUCACGAAUCGACCGAUUCGUGAUUAGUUCGAAUAUAUAUACAUUAAUUACCUUUAAAUAUUUUAUGCUUGAUCAAUAACAGUCUUUAUAAUUGUGGGUUAAUUUAUCAUACUCGGGCAGGUUUUAGUUUUUCUAUUGAUUGUUUUUUUUUACAACUACAUAGCUAUAGCUAUGUGAAGGUCAUUUGACUUCGGGAGUUUCCCUAAACUUGGGAGCUCAGGUUCGUAUUUUUAAGCCUAGGCUCCUAACGUUGGGAGGCCAACCACUUUUUGAGUAAAGCUUAUGACAGCUUGCGUCACAUAACCCAAAAUGUACUUACAUGUGAUUCCUUUUCAGAAUUUUCUAAACAUUCUCAUUUUGGCUUGUGUUGCAAACACAUUAUUUAUACUUUUUUAGUUAAUGGGUUGCGUAAUGACGUAGGAUUUUUCAGUUAUAGUCAGCUUGUUUAGGGGGUUGGAAUAUUAUUGGGUUGAAAUUUUUAAGGUUUAUAUUCGAAUGGUUUCUUGAGUUCUCAACGGGCGUAAUUACUCCGUUCCCCGUAUUAUUAUUCAUCCUAAUCUGUACGUCUUUUUUUGAAGAGCCGUAAAACAUCUGGUCGAGUGAUGACUAACUUCUCAUUUAUGCUUGGGCUUGUGGUGGAGUUCCACACACUUCUGGUCUUCUUCUAACCAUUGCUUGGGCUCUAGGAAUUGUACAACCGGUUAGAACAAAAUCAUAAAGUUUCAACUAGUGACUUUAAGGGCGAGACUAUAAUUUAUGGGUGCAAAUUUCAUUCACUCAUUCAGCUUAAUACCAUUUUGUCAUUAUAGCUGAUGUCAGCUCGUGAUGAAAACAAUAAAUCUUAUUCCCAACCUCAAGAAAGUUCAGGGGGGAUUUUAUCAUAAUGUGUUCCAUUUUAACCGUGAUAAUCUACAUCCCGUUAACUCAUCAAUUUUACUUUAAAAAGUGCCUAAAAGUUCAUUAUCUAGGACUGAUAUAGAUAUGUUUGCAUAUAAAUGCACUUUAACUCUUGUAGCAAAAAUACAGAGUGUAGGAUUUAGUUUUAAAGAACGUCUUAUUGAAAUGAUUGGCUGAUUGUUCUUAAAACAAGGAGGUACAUAUUCUGGAAGACUUCCUUCAGCUAAGCUUAUUAUCUAAUUUUUCUCUUUUCUCAGGUGACUAUAAGGUCGAAACAAGAACUUCCAAUUUCCAGCUUAUAAGUUCCAUUUCUUAUACUUCAGUCCCAUAUUUCAAGUGUACUUUGUCCAUUAUUUACGCUUGUAAAGGCCUGAAGACCGUAGAAUAUGGCUAAAACAUGAGAGUCAAUUCAAAGGAACUUGGGUGUGUAUCUCCUUCUUGGAAUUCGUCUUUUGAAGGCAUCCUCUAUUGGAAACAAAAAGUAGAUUCGCGAUUAAAGCGUGGAUGUAUUUUUUCUGAACACUGGUGCAGGUUGAAAGGAAACAUUUUGAUUCUUUGCCGUUCUCCCGAUAGAACGAGCAAUGAAGUCUCAGGUGUGGUACUGUUAGAGCGUUUCACUGUGUCGCGUACUAGAGAUGAAGAAAUAUCCUACUCAUUUCGUUUAGAUUUCGAUUCCGGUGAUAAACCUCUUGUAUUUGUCGCUCGUUCUGAAGAUGAGGCAGAGAAGUGGUGUCAUCACCUUAACAAGGCACAACUGGCACCUAGGUUACGGCGUUUUACUUUGCUUCGUGAUGAAAUACGGAGAAUCACAGGAUCUGAUCCACUAGAAGCUGGAUUUUCUAGUAAUUCAGUUACCCCACCAACUAUUGUUGAGGAAGGUUCAUUGAAUGACGAGGGACUUGAAGUUAUGCUGAAAUGCCUGAAUAUUGGAGAUAUGGCACAUCCUAAUGAGCUUCCUAAUACUUGUCUAUUUGUUUCUGUAUCAACUUCACUGAAGAGUAAUUGGACUCCAGUUGGGGCAACUGAGAUAAUUGAAUGCUCUCGGAAUCCUAUUUUUUCGAAAACAAUAUUUCUACGCCACGAUUUAAUUGAUGAGAACAAUUCAAUACGAUUCAGUUUAUUUGAUAUUAAAGAUGUAAAAUCAAGUGUAAGCGCUUUAAUCGGUGAAACAAUUACAACAAUAAAAGUAUUAUUGGAUAGUUCAUCUCUUCUGUUCCCAUUACGUGAUGAUUGUUCUCCAAUACCUGUGAAGUAUGAGGGUUUAGAGACGACUUUUCCAUCAAUAGUUGUGCAAUCAAGGAAACAAAAGCCAUUAGAUCCCACGGCAGCUAAGGUUGAUGCUAAUAUGUUGUCAUUACGUUCAGUAUGUGAUAAUCUAUUGUCUAAACGAUAUAAAUUCCAAGAUUCAAUGGGUGAGACAAUGCAUAUUAUUGAAUUUAUGGGCGAAUCAAAGCUAUGCUAUGCUUUCCCGAUAGAAUAUCUAAAAACUUUAAUUCAGUCCGAAUAUUUGAUAUAUGACUCUUUAUCUCGAACUGGAUCUUCGAAACCUGUUAUUGAAAGCCUACGAAAAGAACGAAUGAUUAGCAUGAAACAAACAUUGGAACAGUAUGAAGCUAAUUUAAGAAAUUUAGUUGAUUACACUGGUCCUCUAUUCAAAUCAUCUAAUGAACGUGCUAAUCCUCGCUAUGAUUUUGUUCCGACCAAUCUUCACGUGAAUCAGAUAGCUUUAACGGAUGUAGACGGCCAAGUAGUUUCCUCGCAUAAUAUAAUAUCUGUUGGUGCAUCUUCAUUGGCUUCUCGACGUUAUAAAUCUGGUGGUUUAUUUCGGAUGGCAUUCGAUACUAUGAUUACACCGACACGUACAUAUCCACCUUCAGAAUUAUCUUAUUUAAAUCUAUCAUCGGAAUCACCCGUAGCUUCUGCUACAUGUCUUUUAAAUACAAAACCAAUUGGUAAAGCUAUGGAUUUAUUAUAUCGUGGAACACAUUCUAUUGCUUUAUUAAGAUCUGAUUUAGCUGGUCUUAUUCAAAGAUUAAACGCACCUGGGCAGGCUGAACCAUUAGCUCAACGUUUGCAAAAAACUGUAUCUUCUAUACAGUGGAUAUUUUCAGAUAAAUUAUUAUCUAACUUAAAUGUUUUACCAGUUGUUUCAUGUGAUUUCGAAGUGAUUAUCACUUUACUUACACAAUUAUCAUCAGUGGAAAUAAUGAAAUCAACAAAUUCUCAACCAUCACAACCCAAUGAUCAUGUAAUAAUUAUAAAUAAAAAGAAAAAUGAGUCUCGUGAAAAUUUAAUAGAUUCUUUAGAUAAAGCUGGUCAAAAAUUAUCCAUUACUUUGGAACGUAUGUGGGAAAGUGCAGCAUCAGUGCUAUGGGAUAAUGUCUUGUCAGGUCUUGCAGAUUUAUCAAAUCAACAAACUCUUUCUGUUAGUAAAGAAAGUAGUGGUAAUUAUUCUGAUUUAAUUGCUGAAGCAGAACGUUCCGCUUAUCCCAAUAUGUUACCAAUAAAUGAUAAUGUACUUACUGCUGUUUCAAUUAUUCAAGAUUCAUUCAAUUAUCGACAUCAUGCAUGUGUUUGUCAGCUAUUAACCGCAGUUCUUACGGCGUUGUCAGUGCAUAUACCCAGGUGGGAUCGCAAAGAUUGGGAACAAGCUGCUGUAUGUGGUGUCCUAGCUCAGUUUGAAGGCCUUCUAAGUUGUUAUGGCGACGAACAAGGAAUGAUUGAGGAUUGGGCAUGGGCAAUUGAUUAUUUGUCGACGUAUCGUGUUACACUUCGUCCAUCUGGUAACUUCUCUGAUUCCGUAAUUGAUACGAGUGGAAGAAAUUCCGAGGAUACGGACUCGAACGUUCCUACCUCGAAUCUUUCUGAUACUGAAGAAUUUCAUGUGGAUUUCAAAGUCACAAGACUGAACGAAUGUGAGCUUACUGUUCCUUGGAAAUCAUGGGUUCAUGCUCCUUCGGAAAUUCAAGCUCGUGGUCGUGUACGAAUUCGUUUACAUCCUGUCUCAUUUGUAGUCGGAAUCAAUGAACUACAAUCAGUUGCUGAAACUUUAGAUAAAACUGCUGUGCAAAACGCGGUAAACAAUCAUGGCUUAACAUCUUUACGCGCUUAUUUCAAUCGAUAUACAAAACAUUUUGGCGCUCCAGGUCGAACUGUUUCAAAUCAAGAUGUCUGGGAUUUACUCACAGAUAUUACACAUCAUCUUUCUACACCUGUUCGUUCAAAACCAGUUGAAGUGUUACAGUUAGCAUCAGAAAUUACUCAAGCAUUUCAUGGUUUACGAAUAACAUCUUGUAAAUCAGCUAAAGAUCGUACAGCUAUGUCUGUUACUUUAGAACAAAUCCAAUGGUUGAAAAGUGAAGGUAUGCAUGAAAGUUGUUUUACUAAAGCUCUUCAAUGUAUUCGAAGCACUGGUCUACGUUUAGAUAAUGUAAUGAAAAACACCGGUAAACGUAAAUAUGCGUUCAGUCGUCUCCAGCUAUUAUCAUUUCCAAGAUUGUAUAAACCACCAAUGGGAACAUAUUCUACAAAUAUAUCAUCUUAAUAUAUAUCGUCGAUAGUAGAUUUAUUCAACAAUCAAUUUGAUUUAUUCGACACUGAUUCUUAUUUUUCCUAUCGACUUUUCUCUAUUUUCAUGUUAUCAUCGAUGAAAACGAAGAAGAGAUUCAUUCUUUCUUUUGAUAUUUGAACAAUCAAUUUAUCUUUAAGUGGAUUAUAAGUAUGUUUCAAUAUUAUUAUUAUUAUCAUUACUAUUGCUAACAAAAUACUAUGGAAAAUACUUUAUUAAUGAUAACUGACUUUAUGGUCACGUUGAUUUCCUUUUUCCAAUUUUCAUCUUUCCUAACCUCAUUCCUUUGUGUCAUUGUGUUUUGUAGAAAUAAAGUCUCCUUUAUUCAUUUCAUAAAAAUCUUAUUCAUUAUUUACUACUAAUUUUGAUUGUAUAGUUGUAUUCAUACUGUUUCUUUGAUAAUUAUGAUGACAAUAAUGAUUGAAUUCAUUUACAUCAAUUAAUCUAUACUUUAUUCAUUGAUGUAUAUUUAUUAUAUCUUAAGAAAUAGUUCUACUUUAUCUCACGCAAUGUGUAAUUAAUGUCGGUAACUACUGCUCUUAAUAUGUUGUGCAUAUAUGUAUACAUAAAUCUAUACAUGUUGAGACGACAAGUAUAUAUUGAGUUCAUUUUUAUUCUUUCUUCACAACAUGAUGUAAGUUUGUGUGUGUAAGGAGAAGAUGAACUGUUGUUAAACAAUAUGAUAAAUAUUUCAAUGUACAAUAAUUUCUCAAUUGUCUCCAGUUCAUGAUUUUAAAAUAAGAAACAUUCUUGAAUCAUUUUUGAGAAUGUUUAUUUAUUUUUGAUAUUCUAUUGAAUGUAAACGAUGACGUGACUAGAUGUUAAAUUAUAUAGUGUGAAGUUAUUAAUUAUUCAGAAUGAUAUUUUAGUUUUUUCGUUGUUUUUUUUUUGUUGAGAAAAAUACAUUUUUCUUUUAAUAUCGAAAAUGUUGGACGGAUGUUAAUGAACAUAAAAGAAAACUACAUAAAUGAUGAAAAAUUAUCAGAUAAUUGUAAUUAUGAAGUUGAAUAGAAUAAUGUCAAAUGUAUU